UCAAACUUAACAACAAAAUGCAGAGGCUUCUUUCUGUGAAAUUGGCCUCAAACCUCCCUAAAACCCUCUCAAGCUCCACCACAAGCUCUUCUCUUUUCCACUUUCAGCCUCACAAAACCUUCUCCUUGACCAAACCACCCCAAAACCUCUUCUUUAGCUCCUUUCCCACACACCCACUUCAGCAUCAGCACAAUCUCAGUCAGAAAGUUCAUGGCUUUUUCUCCAACCCAUUACUCAGAAAGCACUUUUCUUUGGAUUCCGCAAAUACCCUUCUGAGAGUAUCAAGCAAGAGGCUUUCGUAUUGCAGGCUUGCCUUUCUCCAAAGAAAAACUCCCAAACAGAACUUUCAGUUCUUCCCAAGUUCUGAUGCUCAUCUGAGUGCUAGGAGAUCAUGGUAUGGGAGGGUAUCCAGUAAUGACGUGCUUUUGGGAUUGAUUUUAGCUAAUUUUGCUGUUUUUCUUUUAUGGAAGAUAGCAGAUCCUGUAUUCAUGGUCAAGAAUUUUACUCUCUCACUAUACAGUAUCACAAGUGGACGUCUUCACACAUUGAUAACUUCUGCAUUUAGUCACUUGGUUGUUGAGGAUAUUCUUCUCAACAUGUUCCUACUCUCUGUAUUUGGGAACGAUGUUGGAAGAACUUUUGGCCCUGAAUUUUUGCUAAAGUUGUAUCUAGCUGGAGCUAUUGGUGGCUCAGUCUUUUACUUGGUGCAAUAUGUCCUGCUCGCAUCAAAGGACGGAGACCUUUCAAACAGUCCCAUAUUGACAUUGGGCGCACAAGGUGCUGUUACUGCUGUGAUGUACUUUGACUUGUUACAACUCUGCACACGCAUCCCAGCUUUCCUCUACUAUCUGAACAUAUUACUGAUGGCCUAUCAAAUUGGGGAUUCCAUUUCAAGGAUCAUACAGGGAAACAGUAGCUCAGGAAAUGCACAUGUGGGCGGCGCCGCAGUAGCAACUAUUGCCUGGGUACGACUUCGGAUGGGGCUUCGGGUAUUCUAAAUGGUUCUGCAGAUUACUUGUGCAACAUUUUGUAGAUGUUCAGGGUAGGAAAACUAGGAUAUUCCAGCGUCUUAACUAUUAGUCAGUGCCUUCUAGCAGGUUUUGAAAUACCGAAUCAUUCACCCACACAAACUUGGAUGUUGAACUUUUCUUAGUGUGAGAUUCUGAUCAUCUGAUGAUUCAGAUAUAUUUUUGGAAAGAACUAAAGACAAUGAAGAAAGUUUUUCUCAAUUCCCUUUUCAAUGGGAAAGCAACUUAAUCCUGGGAGUUAUACAGUUUUCCUCAUUUCCCUUUUCAAUGGGAAAACAACCACACCUUGGGUGUUCUAAAGAAUUUUUUUUUUUUCCUCAAAGGAGAUUGUCACAGUUUCUCCAAUGACACUUC